GACUACAAUCAUGUCGGAUGACCUGCCGGAGCAGUUUGACCUGGUGGUCAUAGGCACAGGCUUCACCGAAUCCUGCAUUGCCGCUGCGGCCAGCAGGGUGGGCAAGACGGUUCUCCACCUGGACAGCAAUGAGUACUACGGGGAUGUGUGGAGCUCCUUCAGCAUGGACGCUCUAUGUGCCCGUUUCGACCAGAAGGCCGAACCCCAUUCCACAUUGCGAAAUGCCAGCUACACCUGGCACACCAAGGAAAAUGAGCCGGAAACAGGCGAAUCUACUUGGAACCGGGACUCUGUGCUGGCCAAGUCGCGUCGCUUUAGCCUGGAUCUCUGUCCACGCAUCCUCUAUGCCGCCGGGGAGCUGGUGCAGCUGCUCAUCAAGUCGAACAUCUGCCGCUAUGCUGAAUUCCGUGCCGUGGACCAUGUCUGCAUGCGCCACAACGGUGAGAUUGUCUCCGUGCCCUGCUCCCGCAGUGAUGUCUUCAACACAAAGACCCUGACCAUCGUGGAGAAGCGGCUGCUGAUGAAGUUCCUCACCGCCUGCAACGAUUACGGCGAGGACAAGUGCAACGAGGAUUCGCUACAGUUUCGGGGGCGUACUUUCCAGGAAUACCUACAGGCGCAGCGGGUGACCGAGAAGAUAUCGUCGUGCGUGAUGCAAGCCAUCGCCAUGUGUGGCCCCACCACCAGCUUUGAGGAGGGUAUGCAGCGCACACAGCGGUUUCUGGGCAGUCUGGGUCGCUACGGCAACACACCCUUCCUGUUUCCCAUGUAUGGCUGCGGGGAAUUGCCGCAGUGCUUCUGCCGCUUGUGCGCCGUAUAUGGAGGUAUUUACUGCCUGAAGCGAGCUGUCGACGACAUUGCCUUGGACUCCAAUUCGAAUGAAUUCCUGCUGAGCAGCGCAGGCAAAACGCUGCGCGCAAAGAAUGUGGUCUCUGCCCCCGGCUAUCCACCAGUCUCGAAGGACAUUGAGUUGAAGGCCCACAUCUCACGUGGCCUGUUCAUAUCGUCCAGUCCCUUGGGCAACGAGGAACUAAACAAGGGAGGUGGCGGUGUCAAUCUCCUCCGACUGCUCAAUGCCGAUGGAUCACGCGAAGCCUUCUUAAUCCAACUGUCGCACUACACUGGAGCCUGCCCCGAGGGAUUAUACAUCUUCCACCUGACCACGCCAGCUUUGAGCGAGGAUCCUGCGGCCGAUCUAGCUUAUUUUACUAGCCAACUAUUUGAUCACUCAGACGCACAAAUCAUAUUUAGCUCGUAUUUCACAAUUGCUGCCCUUACUAGUAAAAGUGCCGCUGCAGAGCACAUUUACUACACAGAUCCGCCGACCUACGAGCUGGAUUACGACGCGGCCAUUGCCAAUGCUCGCCACAUAUUUGGUAAACUUUUCGCGGAUGCAGACUUUUUGCCACGAGCCCCGGAUCCAGAGGAGAUUGUGGUGGAUGGCGAAGACCCCAGUGCCUUAAACGAACAUACUUUGCCCGAGGAUUUGCGGGCACAGCUACACGAUAUGCAGCAGGCAACUCAGGAAAUGGAUAUACAAGACUAGAUAAAAUGCAGAAUAAAAUCAAAACAGGGACUCCCUCUUGGAGUCCAAAUAUCUUUUGACGGGAGCAGACCUUUUUCAAGUUAAAUUUCGAAACUUAAUAGAUCAAAGGAAAGUUUAAUCGAUUGUAUACAAUUUUUGCUUCAUAUAUUCCUAUAUAUUUAUUAUGUAAAUUAUUUAUAAUUUCUAAAAGUACUAGGUAUAUAUAUAUGUUUAUAUGUGAGUGCUUCUGUGCAUUUUGCUUUGAGAAAUAUACUUUCGAAAAAUAUGCA